AUCGCGUUGAAUUUUUUUGGGUAUGGUUUUUUUUAAAUGCUGACUUGAUUGGCAUUUCCCAUCACUUUUAUAUUUAUUGUCGGCGGGAUCGGAUCUAAGUCGUUGCGGUUAAAACAAAAAAAUAAAUAAUAACGUGCGAUGCAGCUGCUCCAGUUAUCUCUUUCGCUUUCGCUGCUGUGGAUAAUAAUAAGUUUCAGUCAGUCAACUAAUGUUGAUGAUAAUCUUUUAGGUUUUAUACAUGAAGCUAAAGAGAUAGCUUCGAUUGUGUGCUCAGAUGUUGACAUAUUAUAUAAUGCUACAAGCGAUUUUAAUACAACUAAGGUGCGCGAAAAUCAGAUCAAAGUGAUAGAACAUUUCAAAAACAUUAGCGUCAAAAUAGAACAGAUCGAGAAUAGUUACGUAACAUUGUCAAUGUCAAAACUUUAUGGUUUCCCUGGUCUAAGUCAAAAAAGAAUAUUACGAAGUGGAAAAAUUUAUACUUCAAAAAUUUUUAGAACUUUCUGAUGAUUUUCAGCGAAUGAAGUUGAUGGACAAAUUAUCAAAUUGGACACUUAUGGAUUUUACUGAAUCCAUAGUUUCUGAAACUAAUUUGUUAAAUAGAGAUUUUAAGGUUGCGUUUUAUUUGAUGGUGCAUGGCCAUACUCAUAAGUAUAUAAACAAGGACUUAUUGUCUCAUUUUGUAAACCUGCAAAAGUUGGCAAUUGAUAGAGGAUAUCCUCAAGAGCAGUCGCCACAACAACAUAUCUACUCAAUGUAUAUGGACAUCGCACUAACCGAACUGAAGGCAUAUAUCUUGUUGGAGUACGCACAAUUGAUUCUACGGGUAUCUGGCAAAAGUAAUCUAAUCGUUGACGGGCGAAGAAUUCGUGCUAAUUAUAAGGCAAAUACUGAGCAUGGCUUCAAUUUACUGAGGAAUCUGAGUCAGCAAGCUGAUCGUGUUUUAUGGCGUUCUGAUCCCGAAUCUGAGAAGCAUUUGUUUAAUGUCACUUAUGACGAGGUUACACGACUUCUUCAAGGAUAUGUAGAAAACGAAGUGGAUCUAAAUAAUGAGGGAUCAUGCAGUCGAACAUGCUACGCGUAUCAGAACACAACUUCAAUGUCUUGCUUCGAUCAAAAGUUUUGCUCUCAGCAGCCACAAUGCGAGGGUCGAAUUUAUGAGUGUCAGUUUGUCGACUCGGACUUAUCUGUAUGUCAAUCACCAACGAGCAGCAAUCGUCGCUAUGAGUACAUUCAAUACGGUGAUGGUCAGUUGCUAGGAAAGUAUGACUAUUGUCAGCAAGACGCCAAUAAAGUGGAGAGCUGGAGACGAUGGCUAUUCUGGCAGUGCAGCUAUUGCUUCUGCUUAUGCGAUGAACCGGGUCCAAAAUCUGAUCGUUUCUUUAAUUUGCGGGAAACCUUAUCGGAUGUGCAGGCGAACAAAGUGGUGACUGGAGUACGCUUUGUGAAGAAGAAUCGUGUAUUCCAGUUGCAGAUACAGCAGGGACAACUCUUGCCUCGAGGUGCAAUCAAUGAGUCAACUCUGGAGUGGAAACCCGUCGAUGACUACGAAAUCUACGAUUCCACUAUUAAGGUGGGUGUCGACUAUCACACAUUAAGCUAUCAAAGCCGAGCUGUAGAUCUAGAUGAGGUAACGAAAACAGAUGACGCAACAUUUGUGGUAACUGGAGUGCGUUUUCAAGUUAUAGAUGGUCAUCUAAAUCUGAAAGUGCGUUUCAGUAAAUUUGAUUUUCUUAAGGGUGAAAUCGUCGAUCCGCAAGUCAACAGCGUUUGGCAAGCGAAAGACGAUAUUCCGAAUAGAGAAAAACUGAAUAUUGACAAUCUGGAUGUGCCAACACGAUCUCUGGACAAAUCGAAGGUGUUAUCUGGGGACAACCAAUAUCUCGAGUUUGUCAACACUGGAAUGAACAAGGAUGCCGCACAAACGACAAUUCCAUUUAUUGAUCUACAGAAUGCUGCAUCUAAUCAACCAGUUCCAUUAGCUGGAAUUGGUCUUUACUAUAAAGGCAGUUAUGGCUACGGUGGCUUCGUGGCCCUCAAAAUCAUUACUUUUGAUAUUUUGCCUUACCUUCCAUUGCCAGAGACUAUAACCAAGUCCUAAACAAUUUGCGAUCAAUUCUUAAAUGAAACAUUUGUUUUCUGAGCUUUUCUGUUUAUUAACAUAUGUAUAAUAUAUUACUCUGAAAA